UCAAUAUUGUACAAUUAUUUCCUACGUUAUUCUCUAUUUUUAUUGUAGGCUGAACGUGAUGUCGUUGCGUAUAGGGACUUGGUUACAGUGUUCAGUUUGUGCGUGCAUUUUGUCGGCCUUGAGAUAUUAAUUUAGUGUCAGGUGCGGUAAAUUGAUGCAUCUGUCACAUUCGAAUGGUUCAUUGCAGAAUGUUGGGGGCAGGUGCGCCCGCGGCUUUCCUAGUGAAUGAUCGCUGAAUGGGUCACUGUUUGGGGGGCUGCGCUGUUCGAGAUUUCUUGAUCAUACGAGGCAUGCUUCCGGGCGAGCGGUCAGAGACGUUACAGAGCGCACGGUGAACAGCCACAACGAUAGACCGAGCAUCGAUGCUUCGUGCAGUCAGGAUGGAGGAGUUUGUUACGGAGGAAGAUGAGCCAUGGUACGACCAACGGGAUUUGGAGCAGGAUCUGCACCUGGCAGCUGAGCUGGGGAAGACCCUUUUGGAGCGCAACAAGGAGCUGGAGGACUCCCUACAACAGAUGUACAUCAACAAUGAGGAACAGGUGCAGGAGAUCGAGUACCUGUCCAAGCAGCUGGAGAUGCUGAGGGAGAUGAACGAGCAGCAUGCCAAGGUCUACGAGCAGCUAGAUGUGACGGCCAGAGAGCUGGAGAUCACCAAUGAGAAACUGGUUAUAGAGAGCAAGGCCUCGCAGCAGAAGAUAGACAGGUUGACGGGUACCAUGGAGACACUGCAGACUCAGGUGGAUACCAUGACAGCUCGUGUGGAGGAACUACGUACACUAGAGGAGCUGAGGAACCACAGAGAGGAGCGGGAGCGACGCAAGACUGUCCACUCCUUCCCCUGCCUUAAAGAACUCUGCACUGCACCAAAGUAUGAGGAUGGCUUCCUGGUGUCCAACCCCGGCAGUGUGGACCUGGUGUCUGAGCGUGAGCGCCGGCCGCUGGCCGAGGAGAACGAGCGUCUAAAAGGUGUGGUCUCCUCCCUGAGGUCCGCCAUGGUGGCAGAACGGGGCCGGAGGGAGGGGGCAGAGAGGGAGUACACAGCUGUGCUGCAGGAGUUUGAGCUUAUGGAACAACGCCUCCUGGGUGCUGAGGGAUGCCAGCUGCGAGUGCAGGAGCUGGAGGCGGAGCUACAGGAGAUGCAGCAGCUGAGGAGGUCCCGGGUCUGUCUGUUGGAUGAGGGUCUGGAGCAGACCCUGCUCCACAAUGCCCCUGAGACCGACACACCCGAGGAGGGACCGGGGCAAAAGGAGGGAGGGGAGGGGACGGGGGAGUCCGGGGGGACAGGAGGAGGGGGACAGCAGGGAGGCCCCGUGAGGAAGAGCUGCAGCGACACGGCGCUCAACGCCAUCUCGGCCUGCGACGCCUCUGGCAGGCGACAGGGCAGCUACGCAAUCCACGCCAACGGCGUGCGCACGGGCAUGUCCAUCCUGAGGGAAGUGGACGAGCAGUACCACGCCCUGCUGGAGAAAUACGAGGAGCUGCUGGGGAAGUGCCGGCGCCACGAGGAGGGCAUGUGCCACGCGGGGGUGCAGACGUCACGCCCUGUCUCCAGAGACCCCUCCAUGAAGGACUACAGCAUGGCCACCCCCGGCCCCUCAGCCAUGGCUGCUGCACCCCCCACCCCGCCCCAGACCCCCUCCACCCCAGAGGCCCUGGAGGGCAUCAGCCGGCAGGUAGACCAGGUGGACAAGAGGCUGGGCCAGAACACCCCAGAGUACAAGGCCCUGUUCAAAGAGAUCUUCUCCCGCCUGCAGAAGACCAAGAGUGAAGUGAACUCCACCAAGGGAGUCCCCAAGGGUAGAAAGUCCCCACGGGUUGGAAGUCCUAAGGGAAGAAAGUCCAAAGACAAAUGAGCUGCUUUCGUGAUACUACUGAACAUGACCUCUCCUGAUACUACUGAACAUGCACUGAAAACAAUGGGUACAAAAGCCACAGAUUUUCUUUCAGAAUUAGUUUCUCUUUGUUUGACCGUGUUUGUUCAAAGUGGUCACUUGAUGACAGGUUACCUGUACUUCUGCACUGGGGAAAUGUUACAAUCUACUGUGGAUGAUCCCUUCAGCUGUUUUAUCCAUCUCUCUGGAUACUGCCACGUUUUAUCCAUCUCUGGAUACUGCCACGUUUUAUCCAUCUCUCUGGAUACAGCCACGUUCUAUCCAUCUCUCUGGAUACUGCCACGUUUUAUACAUCUCUCUGGAUACAGCCACGUUUUAUCCAUCUCUCUGGACACUGCCACAUUUUAUCCAUCUCUCUGGACACUGCCACGUUUUAUCCAUCUCUCUGGAUACAGCCACGUUUUAUCCAGCUCUCUGGAUACUGCCACGUUUUAUCCAGCUCUCUUGAUACAGCUAUGUUCUAUCCAUCUCUCUGCAUACUGCCACGUUUUAUCCAUCUCUGGAUACUGCCAUGUUUUAUCCAUCUCUCUGGAUACUGCCACGUUUUAUCCAUCUCUCUGGAUACUGCCAUGUUUUAUCCAGCUCUCUGGAUACUGCCACGUUUUAUCCAGCUCUCUGGACACUGCCACGUUUUAUCCAGCUCUCUGGACACUGCCACGUUUUAUCCAGCUCCCUGGACACUGCCACGUUUUAUUCAGCUCCCUGGACACUGACACGUUUUAUCCAGCUCCCUGGACACUGACAUGUUUUAUCCAGCUC